AUGUGCUCUUACAAUCACCCACUUUAAAGGAAAAAUUUUAAAAGAAGUGCAGAAAAAGUUGAUUUUAAUUAAAUUCACCGUUUAAAAUUUAACUUGAAAUACUUAUUUAUGAUUGCUUCUAAUAUAUUUUUGUUAUAAUUUAUAGCUAAUAUGUUUUAUGUAAUUUGA